CCCACCUUUUUUUUAACGAAUGAUUUAUUUCUCGAGAAAUGUUUCUAUGAUAAGAAAACAAUUAUAACGUUAUCCUCGAUAUCAAUUUAAUAUUUAAGUCAAAUCAAAAUAAUAGAAAGAUCGUCGUCAUAAUUUAUUGACAACGAAAUAUCGAUCGAAGAAUGAUAUUUGUACAAUAUUACAUUUGAUUCGUUAAUAUUUUGUAGAUUUUGCAAAUUUCGCGUUCGAGAACAUUUAUUUGAAAAUAUUCAUCCAAAAUUAACGAUUGCAAUGUUAUCGAAAAGCGAGAGAGCAAGAGAGAAAGAGAGAGAGACAGAGAAAGAGAGAGAGAGAGAGAGAGAGAGAGAGAGAGAAAGAUAAAUAGAUAGAUAGAGAUGAAAAUGAAUUGAAAGAAGAAAGUCGGUGUCAAAUAUAAAAAUCAUCCUUUCAUCUAAUCGCACGUAUGCGAUCUUUUAUAUAUAAAUGAGAAGAAAUAAGCGAGACGACGUCGAUCCUCUUUGUAACUUGUAAAUAGCUUUUUCUGUAUAUUAAUUCGAAAGAUUGUACGUACUUGUACGACUCGAGGCACCUGCGUUGAAUUACGCAAUUGCAAAUAAUCGUAACAAAAUAUUUACUCGUUUUUCUUUCUCUUACGCUGCGUGUAUGUGUCUAUUAAUUGCAUGUGCAGAAAAAAGAGAAAGACAGAGAGAGAGAGAGAAAGAGAGAGAGAAAUAUAAAUAAAAUGCAUGCCUCGAGUCAACACGAAGGACUGGUAGUAAACGAAGAGCAAAAGAUAAUCUUCGAUUAAUCGUAUGACAUGAAAAUUAAUGUUAGACGGCGAUAUGCGUAUGUUUUAGCUAACACUAAUCGAGGAUGUUAUUAUAAAAAUCACUAAGUACUAUUUAAUGUACAUAUACAUAAUAAUAUUGUAACGGUAAUAAUAACACGAUAUGAUUUAUCGUUUAUGUUGAUCCGAUUGUACCAGAAUUCGUAAGCGGAAUUAAAUACUAAGGAUUAUUUGUGGGAGAGAUAUUA